AUGACAGACAACAACAAUAGGCCAGGCACGGUCUUCAAAGACAUCCUCCCCAUCCCUGUCCCCUCGGACACGACGGCAACGACGGACCCCGCCAAGGAAGAAGAGGCAGCGCCGACGCUGCGCGACGAGCCGACGCUCUCGCACGCGCUGGCUAUGGCGGGCGACGCCGAGCCGGAAGCGGUGACGGUCGUCAACGGCGAAGCGGUGCCGCCGACGGAGGCGACCAAGGGCGCGGCGCAGCGCGAGCACGACGCCGAGGUGGUCAACCUGGGCUGGCACGAGCCGAAGCGCGAGAUCGCCGAGCCGCUCGUGGGCGGCAUGGACAACGAGGAGCUGUGGCUGCUGGUGCGGCGCUUCAACAAGCAGAUCUACCACGUCAAGCAGUACGACCGCCAGGUGCCGGGGAACCUGGACUUGAACAUUGCGGACGAGGAAGAGUUUAGCCCGGAUAAGUUGAGGGCUAAUGUGGAGAGGUUGUAUAUGACGGUGAUCAUUGGUAUUCUAGGAGCAGGGAAACAGGUGGCGAGGUUGAGGAGUUGGAGGGAGACAAGGAGGACGGCGUGGUUUUGCACUAUCUACUUUCUUGCUUGGGGACUUGACUUUCUGGUCCCCUUAUUCUCCGCGACGAUAGUCGCUUUGAUUGCGUAUCCUCCUUCGCGGGACUUCCUGUUCCCGCCGGCCCCGAUUGCCCUGGUAGAUGGGAAGACGGGCGGCGUUCAAAAGCCGAAGGCGGGUGUUCUGGGUAGCCACGACAGCGCAACUGGCGCUCCUGAGAACCACAAGGGCGAAGCCGUGGAGCAGGAGGCUAGCAACUUCGUCAACGGUCUCGCCUCCGUCACCCUCAGCAGUGUUGCCGGCAAGCAUCCCCAGGCGGAGCCGCCUUCUGAAGAUGGUUCGCCUCAAGACGCAGCGCCCGAUCCCACAGCACUUGCGACAGGAGUUGCCAACGCAAAAGAUGCAGCCGGUGGUGGGAAGCCAACGGCUAAGCAUGACAAGACGAAGGUACCCAUGGAGACGGCAAUGUGGUCGAAGAUGAGGCCGGUCAUGCACGGACUUGCAGAAGUAACGGAUACAUGGGAGAGGUUUGGAAACGCCCUCUCCCCGACGCCACCUUUCCCCCGAAACACUUACCGCCUCCGCCUCGCAGCGCUCGUGGUACCACUCCUCUUGGUUUCCUUCUUCAUCACCUCGUACAUGUUCGUCAAGGGAGUCACCUUCGGCGCAGGCUUUGGCUUUUUCGGCGACCCCAUCAUCUCGCGGGGACUGAGCUGGCUCAACCACACCUUCCCGCACUGGCAAAAGCUGCUCGAGAUCCGCAAUACGCUCCUCAAGGGCGUUCCGACAAACGCCCAGCUCACCCUGACGCUGCUCCGCAUCGGCGAGGCCAACAAGGCACCGCUGCCCCCACCUCCGUCGGCCGCAACGCCCCCGCCCGACGCCCCGGCCGCCAUCACGGACGAGCAGCUCCGCACGACGGGCGCGGACCCGCCGCUCAACGCGACCGAGGCGGAGCUCGACGCGGCCAUCGCGCAGCACGACGAGUCGGUGGCGCACGAGACGGCGGGUGCGGACAUCGACGCGGCGAAGGCCAAGGCGCACGGCAAGAAGGGGGCGCGCAUCCUCAACUUCUUCCGCGGCACCACCAAGGGCGUCGUGGGGACGGCCAUCGGCGCCGACACGGUCAAGGCCAAGACCGGGUCCGACAGGGCCAAGGACCGCCUCGGCGUCGCGGCGAGGCGGAGCGACGAGGAGCGCAGGAGCGGCCCGGUCAGCUUCGCCGGCAGGUACCACGGCAGGAAGGGCGCCGUCUACAUCACCACCAAGGCGACGAUUCCGUGCGUGGCCUUCAGCACCGACGAGAAGAAGGUGGAGAGGCAGCAGGCGAGGAUGGAAGGCGGGCGGUCCGGUGGUGGCGCCGAGGAAGAUGGCGUGCACCCGGCGUGGAGCGUGCCGGUGGCGGAGAUCAGGGAGUUGAAGAAGGUCGGCGGUUACGGAUGGAAGACGAAGCUGGUGGUCGGCUGGGCGAUGAACAGGGAGGUGGCGGAUGGCCUGGAGAUCACGGAUAAGAUGGGCGCCGUGUGGAAGGUCACGGCGCUGCCGUUGAGGAACGAGCUGUUCAACCGGUUAGUAGCUAUGGGCGGCCAGACGUGGGAGGCUUUGUAA